CUGCACACACCAACCAGACUGGACGCACAAUGAAGGAGGAAGACACUAUUUAUACCGUGGUGGAAGUGCUCAUUGCCGUUAUUUGCUGUCUGGGUAACAUGCUGGUAAUUUUGGCCCUUUGGAUCAGUAGAAACAUUCAGCAGACAACCUUCUGCCUUAUUGUCUCGCUGGCUGUGGCUGAUUUUCUAGUAGGUUGUGUGGCAAUACCAUUGGCUGUAGUGGUGGAUGAACGAGUGAAGACUUCAUUCAAGACCUGUCUCUUCAUCAGCUGUGUGGUCAUCCUGCUGACUUUUGUUUCAGUUCUGUGCCUUGCAGCUAUUGCUGUAGACCGUUUCCUCCGGGUGUGUAUCCCUAUCAGGUACAAAAGGACUGUAACACACAGACUCUCUUGUUGUGUGGUAGCAGCAUGUUGGUUUGCUGCAAUUCCUCUCAGCUUUACUCCUAUGUUUGGAUGGCACGAGAAUGAAACUUUAAAUUAUACAACUUGCAAGUUUACAGAUGUCAUCCCAAUGUCAUACCUGGUUUAUUUCAACUUUUUUCUCUGCACAUUGACGCCUCUGUUGGUAAUGACUGCUUUAUACAUCUAUGUGUUUUGCACAAUCAGAAGAAGCCUUCGAGACAAACCAGGGAGCCAUGCCCGAAAUUCUUACAAUUACUUAAGGAAAGAGAAACAGCUGGCGGGAUCUCUGUUUCUGGUACUGGCCUUGUUUGCCCUGUGCUGGCUCCCUCUCCACAUAAUGAACUGUAUUCAGCACUUUGGAAAUAGUGAGGUACCAAAACAAGCUUUUAAUGUUGGGAUUGUGCUCUCUCAUGCUAACUCAGCUGUCAACCCAGUUGUCUAUGCAUUCAAAAUACAAAAAAUCAAAAGAGCAUAUCUAAAGAUCUGGAAAGAGUGCAUUUCAUGUGGAACAGAAAAGCAGGAAUCACAGAUAAGCCAGACAACAGACAAGUCCAGCAGUAACAAUGAUAGUCUGGCCCAAAAUGAAUGAAGGCUGAUGUCCUUGUUUGAUUCUAUUUUAUUAGGGAUCAAAUUUGAUUGGCUUUUGAAAUGUAUGUAUUAAAACCAGUGACUUGAUGAUUACCUUGGUGUGUGUCAGGCCUAGAACCAAAUAUUAUAUUAUUUAGAUACUCAUAUGUUUGCUAGGUAUUCAGUUUUAAAUUUUCAUCCAUCCAUCUAUUCUCUUAUCCAAUUCAGGGUCACAAGAUCCCAGCUGUUAUAGGGAAAGGGGUGGCA